AUGGCUCCUAAGGUUUUCCUAACUGGUAGCACCGGCUACAUCGGUGGCGAAGUUCUCUACGUUGUCUCGCAGGCCCAUCCUGACUGGGAGAUUACGGCCCUUGUCCGCAGCAAGGAGAAGGCUGCCCAGAUUACCAGCAAGUUCCCGAAUGUUAAGAUUGCCCACGGUGACCUCGACUCGAAGGACUUGAUCGAGGAGGAAGUCAAGAACGCGGAUAUCGUCUAUAACUGCGCCGAUUGUGACCACGUCGCAUCCGCAGAGGCUAUUGCCAAGGGCGCCACAUACCACACUCCAGAGAAGCCUCUCUGGCUCAUCCACACUUCAGGAACUGGUAUCUUGGCUGUGGAGGACCAGCGGGCGAAGAGCUAUGGUAUCGAACGGCCAAAGGAAUACAACGACUGGGACGGCGUGCAGGAACUGUUUAACAUCCCCGACGACGCCCUCCACCGCAAUGUGGACAAGAUCAUCAUCGCUGCCGGCCUGAAGUCCCCGGACAGUGUGAAGGUUGGUAUCAUCUGCCCGCCCACGAUUUAUGGAAAGGGACGCGGCCCCGUAAACACCAAGAGUAUGCAGGCCUAUAUGCUGGCUGCUGCCGUCCUCAAGAACAAGAAGGGAUUCCUUGUUGGAGAGGGCAAGAACAUCUGGCACCAGGUUCACGUGCAGGAUCUCAGCAAGGUGUAUCUCGCUCUGGGAGACGCGGCUGCUGCAGGCGGUGGAAAGGCAACCUGGAACAACGACGGUGGCUACUACUUGGCUGAGAACGGUUCCUUCGUCUGGGGUGAUGUUGAAAGGGCCGUGGCCAAGGUCGCCUACGAGAAGAAGCUCAUAGACUCGCCUGAGGUCGAGCAGCUGAACUACGACCAGGUGGCGGCCCUCAACUCGUUCGGACCGUAUGCCUGGGGAACCAACUCGCGUGGCCAUGCCAUCCGCGCCAGGAAGCUGUUUGGUUGGAAGCCGGAGCAGCCUACCCUCCUGGAGCUGAUCCCUGAGAUUGUCGAUGUCGAGGCCAAGGCUGCUGGUUUGGCUUAA